GCGGUUCUGCGCCCGACGGGGGCCCCGUGCGGCGGCAGCUCGGCCGGGUUCGGCCGCUCGGAGGCACCCCGACGAGGAGGGCCCGGCAGCGCGGCCCCGUUUCCCCCGGCCAUGAAGGGGCGCGGGCGGGGCGCGGGCGUCGCGCGGCUGCAGCAGCGGCUCGAGGACGCCACGCAGGUAAAUGCGCGGGGUUGGGGGCGGCUGCGGGCUGUGCCGGCUGAGCCAACGGGACUGUCCCCGCCAGGAGAACGCGCGGCUGCGGCUCAGCCUGCUGCGCUCCGAGGCCGGAGUGUUCGAGCUGCGGGCGGAGCUGGAGCGGCUGCGGGAGGAUCUCUGUCGGCGGGCCCAGCGGCGCAGAAGGUGGCACUGGGGGCGGGGGGAGAGGCGAGACCCCGGCCCCGGGUUGUGCUCUGGCCCUGCCCCGCCCCGGGGUGCCCACGGGUGUCCGCCCAGGGACGGCCCCGCGCUGCCCUGAGGUCCUGGGAGGGUUUCGCCGGGAAGCUCUGCCCGCUCCGUCGUGCCGCGAACGCCGGCAGCCGUCGAGAAGCUCACGUGGAGCCGUCGGCACGGCCCCCCCGGCCCUCUGCUACCUCCCCCCCCUCCAACCCCCCGGUGACACCGGGCGUCCCGGAGCUGUCCCAGCGCUUCCGACACCCCGAAAUGGGGGGAACGUGUGGGGCAGGAAGGACGCGGGCAGCCCCCGGUGUCGGCCUUGCCGUGAGGAUGCCGUUUCUCCGCAGAGAGCAGCAGGCGCUGCGGGAGCUGCCGGAGGAGCACCUGGCCUUCACCAGCUACAUCAGGAUGCUGCAGCCGCCGCUCUGGGCAGGUCGACGAAUAGGAUCUUACGGGAGAGCGACGGCAGCCUGCGCUCAGCCCUGCUGCUGGGCUCCUGCGGGGGCCCCGAAGCGCCCCCUCACGCGCACCCACAGCAGGUCCGGGCGGACUGCUCCGUGUGCCCCUGGCAGAGCUCAGCCUCCAGCGAGGACUCAGCCUCACCCAGCAACACCAGCAGCCAGAGCUCGGAGGAUGCGUGUUCUGCCAGCCCUGCUCAGGGCACACAGGUGCAUCCCCUGCCCUCUGCCCCACCUGACCCACAGGCUUAGGUGCCUCACUGUGAGAUCUGCCACCCUGCAGGACCCCCAGGCAGGCAAGGUGGAGGGCUGCUGCCAUCCUGCACAACGCUGCUGCAAGAGGAAGCUGUCUGCUUUUGCACCGGAGGUACGCAGCAACGCCCCAUCCGGCGCACACAGCCUGGCUGGGAGGGGAGCGGGGACCCCCCCGGCACUGAGGACCCGACAGCUUGCUCCAUCUCCCCAGGGGUCUGGCAUGGGAGAGCAGCCCACGGCCCCCAGCCCCGUAUACCGGCUGGUGCUGGCAGGAGACAGCGGUGCAGGCAAGUCCAGCUUCCUGCUGCGCCUUUGUAGAAACGAGUUUCGAGGUGACAUCUCAUCCACGUUAGGGGUGGACUUUCAGGUGAAGGAGCUGCUGGUGGAUGGGGAGCAAACCACCCUGCAGAUCUGGGACACUGCCGGGCAGGAGAGUGACACCCCUGGCUCCAGGUACCGCAGCAUCGCCCGCUCCUACUUCCGUAAGGCCCAUGGAGUGCUGCUCCUGUAUGACAUCAGCUCCCAGAGCAGCUUCCUCAGCGUCCGCCAGUGGAUCGAGGACAUCGAGGUAACGGGAAGGAUCCAACAGCCCCCAGAGCAGGGCCGAGCCUCAGGGCGGGCAGCUUUAGGUAGAACGGCAGGACCCCGAGCUGCCCUCUGCUCCUGCAGGGCGCCGGGACCGCCCUGCCACUCAUGCUGGUGGGCAAUAAGAGCGACCUGCGGGCCGGGCUGCCGGAGAUGGUGGGGGUUCACACAGCCCACGGACAGAGGCUGGCCAUGGCCCACAACUGCCUGUUCUGCGAGACCAGCGCCAAGGACGGCACGAACGUGGUGGAGGCCGUGUUGCACCUGGCCCGAGCAGUGAAGAGGACGGCAGCCUCGGGCAGCGGCGCCCGCCUGGAUCUCAGCAUCCCCGCCCCGCGGGCCGCCGCGGGCUGCUGCAGGGCCUGACGCGGGAGCGCCUCCGCGCACAUCGCCCUCCCGCCCCGACCCCCCCGCCGCGGUUCCAGGCCCUCACUACAGCCGCUUUCACCGCAUCCGCCGCGCUCCGCUGCCUUCAUUCCUCCGGGCUCCCAGAGCGGCCCCCUCCCGGGGCUCACAGAUCCGGCGCCGCGGAGACUCCGCAGCUCCAACCGUCUCCGCGUCUCACCGUGAGGACGCCCAGCCGCCGCCGCCGCCGCCGCCGCCCCCUCCCCCCCCACGGGCAGCGCCGCCCCGCCCCGCCGCCGGGCACACGGAGGAGGCCGGGCCUGCAGGGCUCCACGAGCUACUUUAAUGGGAGAGGGGCGCUGCCGGAGAGCCCGGCGGGGCGGGGCGGCCCGGGGCAUCGCUCAGCACAGCCCGCGGGGCAUCGCUCGGCGGCCCGCCGCUAUUUGGCGCCCUCCUUCUUCUCGUCCGCCUUCUUCUGCUU